GUGGUGGCAUAAAGCAAGUCCUCUCGUACACCCUUCUAAUCACACCCUCCAUCCAAUUCUUCUUUCUUUUCACUUCACUUCCUUCCCAAAAUCUCUUCUUCUUCUCCCCAACUCCGAGUAGAUCUCCCCUACUUCAUCACCUUAACGCCGUCGUUUAGCUCCCCGCCACACACCCAAAAAGCCCUAGCCUUUAUCGCUUCCCCCAUUCCCCAAUCCAACCCAGAAUUCAACUCAACCCCAAUUGAACAAUCCCCAAUUUUGGGCUCUUCAUGCAUGCACAGAAAGCCCUAAUUGAAUUGCAUCAAUAAACCAGGGUUUUCUACUUUCCCUAAAGUUUUGAUCUUUUUUGGUUUUGGGGAGGGAGGAUUAGAAUCAAUGGAGGACGAUGAUUACGUGGGCAGCGAAGAGGAGUUCUAUACCUCCGAUCAGGAAGACGAUUACUCUAACGAAGGCCCUGAAAACGAGGACUAUGAUACUCCAUGUAUUCCCCCUAAGGGCACCACCACUAAGGUGAUUACGAAAGAAUCUCUUUUGGCUGCACAGAAGGAGGAUUUACGUAGAGUGAUGGACGUGCUAUUUCUGAAGGAGCACCAUGCGCGGACUUUACUCAUUCAUCAUCGUUGGGAUGUUGACAAGCUUUUCGAAGUGCUUGUGGAGAAGGAAAGAGCUUUCUUGUUUGCAGAAGCAGGUGUAUCUGUAAUGGAACAUCAAGAUAGUGAACCACUGCCACCUGCUUCUACGAUAAUGUGUGCUAUUUGUAUAGAGGAUGUGCCUAGUAAUGAGGCAACAACAAUGGACUGUGGACAUUGCUUCUGCAACGGCUGUUGGACAGAGCAUUUUGUUGUGAAGAUAAAUGAUGGUCAAAGUAAGCGUAUGAGGUGCAUGGCUCACAACUGUAAUGCCAUUUGUGAUGAAGCAGUUGUUAGGAAUCUAGUUAGCAAUAGCCACCCAGAUCUUGCAGAGAAAUUUGAUCGGUUUCUUCUGGAGUCAUACAUUGAGGAUAAUAAGAGGGUUAAGUGGUGCCCUAGUACUCCUCAUUGUGGGAAUGCAAUACGGGUGGAGGAUGAUGAAUUUUGUGAGAUUGAAUGUUCAUGCGGGCUUCAGUUUUGUUUCCGUUGUUCAUCACAAGCCCACUCACCUUGUUCUUGUUUGAUGUGGGAGCUUUGGGCCAAGAAAUGCCGAGACGAAUCAGAGACGGUUAAUUGGAUCACAGUACAUACUAAACCUUGUCCCAAGUGUCACAAACCUGUAGAGAAGAAUGGUGGCUGCAACCUUGUGAGUUGUAUCUGUGGGCAAGCAUUCUGUUGGCUCUGUGGUGGAGCUACUGGCCGAAACCAUACAUGGUCAAGUAUUGAAGGCCAUAGCUGUGGGCGAUUCAAAGAAGACAAAGAGAAAAACGCUGAGCGGGCAAAGCGAGAUCUUUAUCGGUAUAUGCACUACCACAAAUUCUAUAAAGCUCAUACUGAUUCUAUCAAGCUUGAAAGUAAGUUGAAGGACACUAUACAAGAGAAGGUAUCAAUUUCAGAAUCGAAGGAAUCAAAGAAUAGAGAUUUCGGCUGGGUAACGAAUGGACUCUGCAGACUUUUCAGGUCUAGGAGGAUUCUUUCUUAUUCAUAUCCUUUUGCAUUCUAUAUGUUUGGUGAGGAGCUCUUUAAGGAUCAGAUGACAAAGGAAGAAAGAGAAAUGAAACAAAAUUUGUUUGAGGUUCAGCAGCAGCAGCUUGAAGCAAAUGUGGAGAAACUAUCCAAGUUUCUGGAGGAGCCAUUUGAUAAUUAUGAAGACGAUAAAGUUGUGAUAGUAAGGAUGCAAGUGAUCAAUCUCUCGGUAGCCACAGAUACACUCUGUAAGAGAAUGUAUGAUUGCAUUGAGAAUGAUUUAUUGGGUUCUGUGGUACCGUCUGUGGAACUCGGUACCCACCACAAAAUAGCGCCGUACAAGUCAGAGGGCAUCGAGAAGGCAUCCGAACUUUCAAUUUCUGAUAAAGAUCUACCAUUCCAUUGUGGAACAAAUGGAGGAUCAUUGGAACCAGAACAUCCCUCAGGUUCUGGAAGUUCAUAUGAGAGUGGUUGCUCAUCUCGGAAGCGUGCAAGGAAGGAGGGUCCUGGAGGUGGCUUUUUCGAUCUAAACUUGCCAGCAGAGGUCAUUGACAGAAACUGUUUCUGAUUCGUGCAAGUUGCAAAGCUUCAUAAAAAGGUCUUAUUUCUAAUGGGUCGGAAUGAUUGAAAGAAAGGAGUUUUGAGAAUGAUUGGGAUCCCAUUUGUGUUGUCCUUUAAGUAUUGGAUCUGCCCUUUGUUCAAAUCAUUGGUGGUCAGUGAAUAAACACAUUGUACAAGAAUGUACCAGAAGCUCCAUAUAUAC